UCCUGCCUUGGUAUAUAUAGUCUGUGUGACUAUCAGAGUUCUCCUGGCAGCCAUCAUGAAGGGUGCAGUCUCGAUCUGUUUCCUCUCUCUGCUGCUUUUGCAGGCCACAGCAGAUGUUUCUACAGAAGAAGAAGAAGAUGUUAUCUCCGUCCUUAGAGACAGAUCUCACAUCGAUGAGACGCUGCGGCUUGCAACAGAGGAAAAAGCAAGAGACUAUGCAGCGGCUCUGGAGAGGUUGCGGAAGAUCUACCAUACGUCCAUCAAGCCGAUGGAGCAGGCCUACAAGUACAACGAACUGAGACAGCACGAGAUCUCAGAUGGCGAGAUCACCUCCAAGCCCAUGGUGCUAUUCCUGGGACCUUGGAGUGUAGGAAAGUCCUCCAUGAUCAAUUACCUCCUGGGCUUGCAUGACAGCCCCUACCAGCUCUACACAGGAGCUGAGCCUACUACCUCUGAAUUUACCGUUAUUAUGCAUGGGGAAAAGAUCCGCUCUGUUGAGGGUAUUGUUAUGGCUGCCGACAGCUCUCGCUCCUUCUCUCCCCUGGAGAAGUUUGGCCAAAACUUUCUGGAAAAGCUGAUCGGUAUUGAGAUGCCCCACAAGCUACUGGAACGUGUGACGUUUGUAGACACACCAGGAAUUAUUGAGAACCGCAAGCAGCAGGAAAGAGGCUACCCUUUCAAUGAUGUCUGCCAGUGGUUCAUUGACCGUGCUGAUCUGAUCUUUGUCGUGUUUGACCCCACCAAACUGGAUGUUGGUCUGGAGCUAGAGAUGCUCUUCAGGCAGUUAAAGGGUCGCGAGUCGCAGAUUCGCAUCAUCCUAAACAAGGCUGACAACCUGGCCACCCAGGACUUGAUGAGAGUUUACGGAGCGCUCUUUUGGAGCUUAGCUCCCCUCAUCAAUGUGACCGAGCCUCCCCGUGUUUAUGUCAGCUCCUUCUGGCCGUACGAUUAUGCACCUGACACCAGCCGUGACCUCUUCAAGCGAGAGGAGAUCUCUCUUCUGGAAGAUCUCAACCAGGUGAUCGAAAACCGCAUGGAGAACAAAAUUGCCUUCAUCCGCCAGCAUGGUAUCCGUGUACGCAUCCAUGGCCCUGUAGACCGCUAUGUUCAGACCUUUAAAGAGAAGAUGAGCUUCUUCAGUGAUCCUGAGUUGGUCUUCCAGGAGAUUGUAGAUGAUCCAGACAAGUUCUAUAUUUUCAAGUCCAUCCUAGCCAAGACCAACGUCAGCAAAUUUGACCUGCCCAACCGUGAGGCUUACCGUGACUUCUUUGGCAUCAACCCUAUCACCAACUUCAAGUCCCUGUCAGCCCAGUGCUCCUACAUCGAGGCGUUUGCUGAUAAGAUUGAGAGGGCAAUCACCACUGAGUUGCCUGCCCUUCUAAGCAGCAUUAACUCUGGCAAGCAGCCUGGCCUGUCCUCCUGCGAGGCUACCGGCUGUGGUGAGAAGCCAAAGAAUCGAUACCGAAAGAACUGAGGAACAAAAAAUACUCUGGAGGUAGAAAGGAGAAAGAGAGGUGAAGAGAAAGGGUCUGGUGGAAGCCAACCCUGCUUUUGUCAGAACGCUUGUAUCAUUAACGGAGACAGAGGCGAGAAGAUGCAUUUUUGUUUUUGUUUUGUUUUGUUUUUCCUCAGGAGAAUAAGGGGAGGUACAGUUACAUCGUAAGAACGAGAUAGCGGGAGGGAGGGGUCAUUGAUAAAGGCAGCUUAACGAUACAAGUGCUGAAGAAAUGAGAACACGCCUCUCUCUCCCUUGCACAACCACACACUGAACUGUCCUGGGACUUUGGUUUGGGAAAUCAAUGAAUGUGAAUAAAAGAAGAAAUGGAAAAGAAAAAGUAGCCUCAAACAGAAAAGUUUAAAUCCCGAGACUAAAAAAAAAAAAAAA